CGUUGCUGUCCUCGACACUCGCAGCGCUCACAGCGUCUUCUCGCGCCAGUCGUUGUAUACCUCCAGUCGUCUCCAGUCGUCGUAUACCUCCUAGACACUGCAUAGUCCUGCCGUCUUCCCGGCCGCAGACCCCUGGCUCGGCGCUCUCGUCGCCCUCGUCGCCCUAGCACUGGCCAGUCGUCGGUCGUCGUAAUCGGCCUCCUUCCCCAGCAGGCCGACGCUACACGGCCACCUUGCGCUCUACACCACCUUUCGCUCUACCCCACUCGUUGGCAAAGACUCGCGCUCCCCGUGUCGCGCGCCGCCCUCGCCCGUGCAAACACGCUCCGCCUCUCUCUCACACGACCGCAGCCGGCUGCGCAUACAGUUUGUAGGCGUCUUCGCCAUGCGCAUCCUCGACAUCUGCUGUCUGCUGUCGGCGGCGUCGCUCGCAGCAGCAGGAGGCCACCACCUGCCCAAGCGCAGUUACGCAACCAACGACUACUACGCUAUCCACCUCUCCCCGUCCGCAUCGCCGUCGGAACUCGCAGCGCAUCUCGGCCUGACAUACGAAGGCCCCUUCGGCUCCCUCGACGACCACCACGUCUUCAAAGCGCCGAAGCAUGACACGGAUAUCGUCAAGGACGCCAGGCAGGAGCUCAAGCGGCGGCGGCGCAAGCGGGAAGUCGGGCUAGAGUACCACCCCCUCGACAGCAUACACUUCACACAGAAGCAGAAGCUCAAGCCCAGGCAUUGGAAGCGCAGUGCGAUACCUCCGCGCCAAAACGUCAACGAUGCCAUCAACGCGCAGCGGGAGGUCGCCAAGUCGUUGAGCAUCCAGGAUCCCAUCUUCAACGAGCAAUGGCACAUCUUCAACGUCAAGACUCCAGGCAACGACAUCAACGUCACCGACGUAUGGAUGCAGGGCAUCACCGGCAAAGACGUGACGGCCUGUGUCGUCGACGACGGACUCGACUAUGAUAGCGGCGACUUGAAGGACAACUUUUUCGCCGAGGGGUCGCACGACUUCAACGAUAACGCAGACCUGCCCACGCCGAAGCUUUCCGACGAUAGGCACGGCACACGAUGCGCCGGCGAGAUUGCAGCUGGGAAGAACAACGUCUGCGGUGUGGGCCUGGCAUACGACGCCAAGAUCUCAGGUGUGCGUAUCCUCUCCGGACAGAUCACGGACAUGGACGAGGCGCUGGCUAUCAACUAUGAGAUGCAGAAGAACGACAUCUACUCCUGCUCGUGGGGCCCUCCAGAUGACGGCAAGACUAUGCAGGCGCCGGGAAUCCUGAUUGAGAAGGCCAUGGUCACAGCGGUUCAGCAAGGACGUGGCGGCAAGGGCUCCGUGUACGUGUUUGCGGCUGGCAACGGUGCCGCGAGCGACGACAACUGUAACUUCGAUGGCUACACCAACAGCAUCUACAGCAUCACCGUGGGCGCCAUCGACAUGAACAACCAGCACCCGUACUACUCAGAGGCCUGCUCCGCGCAGCUGGUGGUCACUUACAGCAGUGGGGGUGGCGAUGCGAUUCACACUACAGAUGUGGGCGCAAACAAGUGUACAAGCCAGCACGGAGGUACUUCGGCUGCGGGGCCUAUUGGUGUCGGGGUGUAUGCUCUGGUGCUGCAGGCUCGCCCUGACCUCACCUGGCGCGACGUACAGUGGCUUACCGUGUUGACAGCUGUGCCUUUCGACACGCCCAGCGAUUGGACCAAAACCACUCUCGGCCGCCUGUACAGUCACCAGUUUGGAUACGGCAAACUCGAUGCAUGGGCUAUCGUGGAGAGAGCCAAGGACUGGCAGCUCGUCAAACCUCAAGCCUGGUUCUACUCUCCUUGGAUGCACGUCAAGAAGCCGAUCCCAGAAGGCAAGGAGGGUCUGGCAAGCGUGUUCGAAGUCACAGCAGACAUGCUGAAGGAGGCCAACUUCGAGCGCGUCGAACACAUCACCCUCACCAUGAACGUCAAGCACCAGCGCCGUGGCGACCUAAGCGUCGAGCUCAUCUCCCCCACCGGCAUGAGCUCCCAUCUCUCCACCGCCCGCCGAGAUGACGACGACAUACGCGGCUACGAAGACUGGACUUUCAUGUCGGUCGCGCACUGGGGCGAAUCCGGCGUCGGAAAUUGGACAGUCAUCGUCAAAGACACCGUCGCCAACAACAAGAAAACUGGCAGCUUGACAGACUGGAAACUGCGUCUCUGGGGUGAAUGCAUCGACUCGUCCAAAGCCAAGCUCCUCCCCAUCCCCACCGAGCACGAUGAUGACGACCACGACAUCAUCGACGACCACCCCGCACACACCACCUCCAUCACACUACCCAGCCACACACCAACCGUCACAGCCAAUCCCUCAGACCACCCUGACCGCCCUGUCAACCAGAAGCCGACGGCGACCAACGGCGCGUCCGCAACUGCCUCGGCCACUACAGCGCCCUCAGCAUCCGCCACCGCGACGCCAGAAAACGAGAACCUCCUUCCUUCCAUCUUCCCCACCUUCGGCGUCUCGCGCCGCACGCAAAUCUGGAUCUACGGCUCGCUCGCCCUGAUCCUCGUCUUCGUCUCCGGACUUGGCGCUUACUUCUACAUCGCGCGCCGGAAGCAACAGAAAUCGUCGCGGGACGCGUACGAAUUCGAGGUCCUUGACGACGUCGAGGAUCGCGAGGAGACCGGCAUGCUUAGCGGCGCGGCGGCGGCGGCGGCGGCGAAGAAGAAGGGUCGUGCGAGGAGGGGCGGAGAGCUGUACGAUGCGUUUGCGGGUGAGAGUGACGAGGAUUUGCUGAGUGAUAGUGAUGGAGGCGAUGAGGGGCCGUAUCGGGACCAGGAGAGGUAUAAUGAGAAGUAUGGGAAGGGGGAGGAUGAUGAUGAUGAUGAUGAUGAUGAGGGGAGUGGGUUGAGUGGAAGUGAGUUGAGUGGGAGGAGGAAAGAGUAGAUGAUGAUUUGGUUUGGGGGGUUGAAUGUGUUUGUACAAAGGGUGUAUGUAGGAUGAGCAUUGGGCGGCGUUGCUUUCGGAUUGCACUUGCACACGUCACACUUACACCAGAGCAAAUCACUCAUCAAGAGAGCUCGUUCGCAGUAUGCGUACAGCAUUGAAAUGGGUAUCGUUGUUCUACAAGCUUUUCCAACCCCGAACGCCGUAUUAUGCAAACACUCCUGGACGGCUCUACGCAACCUU